UUUGAUUUCAACACCAUGGCUAGCCAACGCACACUAUUGCUACUCGGAUUGUUUGCUCUUGGAGCUCUUGCCUCGCCGCCGCAGGGUCGUAUUCUGGGCGGUGAAGAUGUUGUGGCCGGUGAAUAUCCCUGGUCGGCAUCGUUGCGUGUGGACAAAACACAUGUCGGUUCGGCAACCAUCAUAGGCCAAAACAAAUUGCUAACAGCGGGUCAUUUGGUCUCCAAAAUAGGCACCACACCUCUGGAUGUCAGCAGUGUUGCUGUCCGUGUGGGCAGCAUCAAUCAAUAUGCCGGUGGCACUAUUCUCGAUGUUUGCGAUAUAGUAAUCCAUCCAUCCUAUGGCAAUUUCGUUCAUGAUAUAGCCGUAUUGACGCUAUGCGUUGAUUUGGAAUUCACCGAUAAAAUUGCUGCCGCCACUUUGCCCACCAAGGCUGAGGAGCCCGAGGAGGGUGAGGAUGCCCCCAGCACUGAGCUGCCCAAUGGAACACCCGUCUAUGUGGCCGGUUGGGGUGAACAAUCGGAUGGCUCUUUGGCCUACAAGCAACAGAAAUCCAAUUUCAAUACCCUCAGCUCGAGCAAUUGUGAAUACGAAUGCGGUUUUGGCUAUGAGCAUUCCCUCUGUCUGACCACUGGAGCCAAUCAGGGCAUUUGCCGUGGUGAUGCCGGCUCAGCUGUCCUCGAUGAUAACAAUAUCCUCGUGGGCUUGGCCAGUUUCAUUUUUGGCGAUUGUGGCAGUGAUUAUCCCAAUAUAGCUGUUCGUAUCUAUUACUAUUUGGAUUGGAUCAACAGCCUUCUAUAAAUCAUAAACUCCAUAUACUUAUAUGUGUGUAUUUUUUUUUACAAUUUUUUUCUUGUGCAUAAAUGAAUUAGUUUGCAA